GGCGGCGCGACGCCUCCCCGAGAUCCCGCGACAUGCGUUGAUGUCUCCCGCCACCCGACAACCACCGCCGUAUACAUGGACAACUCCUGCCUCCUCGACCUCCUCAUCAGGUGCUUCGCGAUGACCGAGCCCGAGGACCUCAACUUCACCGCGUUCACCGACCUCUGCCGCCUCUGCUCGCUCAAGAGCGGGCCUCGCCUUCACAUAUUCGACAAGGAGUCGGAGCAGCGACAGAUUCUUUUCAAACUACGGACCUGCCUGCCGACUAUGCAGAUAUCGAAGGACGACUUCCUGCCAAAGAAGAUCUGCGAGCGGUGUGUAACGAGGUUAGAACAACUAUAUGAGUGGCGUCAGAGCUGUCUCAAUACCGACUCGGUGCUGCGGAACUAUGCUGAGUCUAUGAGGAUCGUUACUUCUACUAUUAAUUUUCAGGAUGGCACGGUCAACAUGGAUAAGAUGACAGAAGCACAAAAAACCGCGUAUUUGGAGGCACAUGUAGCGGUACAACAACAUAUGGCUCAAGCUGCAGCUGCUGCUAGGCGCGAGCAACAACAACAACAACAGCAGCAGCAGCAGCAGCAACAGCAGCAACAACAACAGCAGCAGCAGCAACAGCAGCAACAACAGCAGCAGCAACAGCAACAGCAGCAACAGCAACAGCAGCAACAGCAACAACAGCAGCAGCAACAACAGCAACAACAACAGCAGCAACACCAUCAACAACAGCAACAGCAAUCAAAUAACUCCAAUAACACCUCGCGACAUCAUCAAGAAAUGCAACAGGCACAAAGUAACACACACCCCGGCCACCCGUCUCCACCAACAGUUAGUUCAACCCAACAUCACUAUGCAACCAUUAAUUCUCCAAUCAAAGUUCCGCAAGUAAGCUCCAGCACGGGUGGUCCAGAUUCCACAUUCACAGUUCCAGAUGAUGUUGGGAUGGGAUUUGAAGGAGGAGUGCGAGUGCUACAAAGCCUUGGAAAUUGGUCGCCAGAAGUAACAAAUAAUAUUCCUCGACCAAAUUUGAUUCCCUUCACGGAACCAUACGCCGAAGGUGGAUCAAUGCAUCCGGGAACACGCUUGAAAGCGCUUCAGGGUACCGCUGUAAGAAAACAUCCAGCUAUUAAACCGACCAGCUCAACUAACGACGGAAACAAAGCAUUCGAGUGUACUGUAUGCGGCAAAGGUUUAGCACGUAAAGACAAGUUAACAAUACAUAUGAGGAUACAUACUGGUGAAAAGCCGUACGUUUGUGAAGUUUGCAAUAAAGCGUUUGCGAGAAGGGAUAAACUGGUCCUGCACAUGAAUAAGUUAAAACAUAUAACGCCUUCAAACAUAGCACCUUUGGAUACAAAGCCUAGUCAAGCAGAAAUCGCAGCGGUAGCUCAGCAACAACAACAACAACAACAGCAGCAGCAGCAACAGCAACAGCAGCAGCAGCAGCAACAGCAACAACAUUCCCACCAGCAGCCGAUUCAGGUCUGCCAGGUACCGGGACACAACUUUACGAAUUCAAAUCUAGUUCAUACAAGUGCUGCAACUGCUGCAGUAGCGGCUGCUACUGCGGGCAUGGUGGUAUCGUGGUCUUGCGAGCUCUGCGGUCGACUCUUCGCAACAAGAGAUGAAUGGAGUGCUCAUGCCAAAUCACAUCUACCAGAUACUAAAUUACUCCAAGAUAAAAUGCAACAGGCCUCACAACAUCAGCAGCAAGAAAAAGUCCACCUGACAAAUCAAGAAAAACUACAAUUACUUCACCAUCACAACCAGAACCAGCAGAUUUUGAAUGGACACGGUAUAGCUACAGCUUCAGUAUCUACAGCUACUGUGGUGAAUGAAGGUGGCGGCGGAGGUGCUUACUUCACACAUGGGCACACACACUACGCGCCGGAGCGGCAGCACACACACGCACACCAUCUGUGUCUCAUGUGUCGUCAGGAGUUCGCUGGGAAAGCGGAGUUCAUGUUCCAUGUAAGAGGGCAUUUCGAAGGUAAAGUGAGUGAUAUAGCAGCGGCCGACGUGUUGGCGCGUUCUCUCGUCGAUAACUCGGGCCUGUGUACCUGAGCCACGCCUACGCCCCUCGGCGCAUUUCAGUCAGAUGUUUGCGGCAAGGGCGUCUUGCAA